UCCAUUUCUUCCCCUUACCUCCGCGCGUGUCCGUUUGCAAACUUCACUCUCUAUCUGAAAACCUAAAAUCCCAAUUAGAUCGAAAACCGACGCAAAGAACGAGAAAUGAAAGGUGGAACGGUUCAAAUCAACUGGCACGAAAGCAAACCCGUCUUAACCCUAGAUUUCCAUCCUCUCUCCGCCACUCUCGCCACCGCCGGCGCCGAUUUCGACAUCAAGUUAUGGUCAAUUAAACCUUCUGGAUCACCGAAGAAGCUUCCAGUAGUUACUUAUCUCAACAGCCUCUCUUACCAUAGUUCGGCAGUUAAUGUUAUUCGAUUCUCUCCUUCCGGGGAACUAUUAGCUUCGGGUUCUGAUGGAGGUGAACUGUUAAUAUGGAAGCUGCAUUCGAUGGAUACUGGUCAAACAUGGAAGGUUCUUAAGAUGUUAAGAUCUCAUAUUAAGGACAUUAUGGACUUGGAGUGGUCUACUGAUGGUGCAUAUCUCAUAUCCGGAUCAGUUGAUAAUUCGUGCAUUAUAUGGGAUGUUAACAAAGGAACUAACCUUCAGACAUUGGAUACCCAUGCGCAUUAUGUUCAGGGGGUAGCAUGGGACCCUUUAGGGAAGUAUGUUGCUUCUCUUAGUUCUGACCGGACUUGCCGAGUUUACAUCAGUAAACCCCUUAAAUCAAAGGGUGUUGAGAGAAUCAAUUACGCAUGCAAACAUGUUAUUUCCAAGGCAGAACAGCCUUUAUUAAAGAAUUCUAAGUCAACAAAAUAUCAUCUCUUCCAUGAUGAAACAUUGCCCUCUUUCUUUAGAAGAUUAUCUUGGUCUCCAGAUGGCUCAUUUCUACUUGUGCCUGCAGGUUCUUACAAAAUUGGUACUGCAUCUGAAUCUGUAAAUGCGGCUUACAUAUUUUCUAGAAAAGAUCUUUCUCGGCCUGCUAUACAGAUUCCCUGUGCAAGCAAAGCUGUUGUAGCUGUCCGUUUCUGUCCGAUAUUUUUUAAUCUUAAGGGAACAAACUCAGAUGGGUUGUUUAAGCUCCCAUAUCGCAUUGUAUUUGCUGUCGCCACAUUGAAUUCAUUAUACAUUUAUGACACCGAGAGCACUUCUCCAAUAGCUGUAUUUGCUGGUCUUCACUAUGCUCCAGUAACAGAUAUUACCUGGUCACCUGAUGCCCAUUAUUUGGCAUUCUCCUCGCAAGAUGGCUUCUGCUCAUUGGUGGAGUUUGAAGAUGGCGAACUUGGAUCACCUUACUGUGUACCAAGUAAGCCGACUUCCCUUUCAUUUCAUGCUAUCGUUCUAUCUUGUACCAGGUUUUUCAUUUCCAUACUCCACUUUGUUUUAGAAGGAAAUGUCUCAGACAAGGAUUGUCAAAGCACGCUGCAGACAGCCAAUGUACACGCACUACCAACUGGGAGUGUUGGUGCAGCUGUAGCAGAAAGCAAAAAAUUGGAACCAGAAGAAAAAGUUGAUGACAUGGACAUUGAAGCAUCUAGGAAUAUUGUUGCAUUUGCAUCUGAUAGCAGCAAAACUAUAACACAAGAUAAUCCAAAUGACAUGAUCAUUAAGCCAACUGGGAAUGUUAGUGGAGAUAUAGCAGAUAGUAGGAAGAAUGAAGCAGAACAUAAAACUGAUGACAUGGUCAUUGAAGGAGUUGAAGCAGAACAUAAAACUGAUGACAUGGUCAUUGAAGUUGCAGCAGAUAGUAAGAAACAACCACCCAAUCCAGAUGGUAAACAAAGUGAAGCAGAUAAACCACAAUCAAGUUUAAAUGACAUAAAGCCAGGGUCAGCAGAAAAGACUGGGAAUCAAUUGUCAAGUUUAAAGAGCACUCCUGUCUCAAAUAAGCCAGCCAGGAAGCGCAUUACUCCUAUUGCAAUUAAUCCAUGAGUUUUCACUGCCGGAUAAAUCCCAUUAACGUCCGCCUGUGUACAUCUGUUUUGUGCGGCUAACAUUUCCAAGUCACCUCAGUCGUUUUUCCUGUUUCAGUCUACAUAUAUUGUGUAAUAUAAAUUGAGUUAAAAUAUUUAUCCUUCGUAGGAAAAAUCUUCAUUAUGGAGAUUUCCUUGUGAACCUGUUCUAGUCCUAGUAUCCAAUUGCAUAUUUGAAGAUAAAAGCAAGAGGACGGUAAAACAGUACAAAAUAGAAUUUAUUCAUGUACUGAUAUUUGUGUAAUGAUUUUUGUGAGGUUAAUAUAA